CAACAGCCCACGACCGCCCUCAGAAGGGGGAGCAGCAAGCCCGUAGCCGACUCUCCGACACUCUGAUCUCCCUCUCACCCCUUUCCACAAGAUCCAUUGCCCACCCGCCAAACAAAACCGAGGCAGAGGUGGUACGGUACAACAGGCCGCACACCCCGCCACGCCCUGGAGGUUUCCUCCUCCCCCGAGAACGCAUCAGCGGGUUCCCCAAGACGUCCACCUGUGUUGCUGUUGCUGUUACUGUUGCUGCCGCCGUCAGGCACAUCAGCCAUACGCCCUCGCCCUCUCCUUUUUGUCUCUUUGUUGCGCCUCUCCCACGCCCCUUUAAAUACACCGUCCAUCUCGUCAUUUUUCUUAUGGUGGCGUGUGUGUCAAGCACCCACCAGGUCUCAGACCACCCCCAAGCGCAGCCAACCAUAGCAUCCACCACCGCACGCCGCCCAACACCUCACUCGUCUUCCACUGUAAUCACCACUAGGGCUCUCUCACCAACACCUCCGCUGCCACCACCACCACUACAACACCGCCUCCACCGCUGUCAUUCACCCAUUGUCCUCCCUAUUCGCCCUAGGGAUCUCGGGGCCCUGACUUCAACAAAGCCACAGCCUACCAUAGACGACCUCCAAUCCAUGGCGUCUCCAACCGAGGGGAAGCGGCGGUUCGCCCCCAUCCCCAUAGAAACGACCUUCGCGCAGUACCGCAAGCCCGGCAACCUGCCCGGCCCCGCCGCCGAGCUGACGCCAGACCCGUCGCCCGAGCCCUCGCCCACGUUCGCCCCGGCGCCCGUCCUGGUGUUCGAGCCCGCAGCCGCAGAGGCCUACACCACCGCUAGCUAUGAUGCGCCGCGUGACAAGAGGCGGUUCGCGCCGCAGCUUAUCGACUCGUCGCGACGGUCCCGUCGCACCGGCGACGUCGGCCCGGCCACGCGGCCCAUCGACAAGACCGACAUCACCCCCUACCACAACCACAUCUACUCCGUCCAGCGCACCAAGAAACGUCAUAACAAGAUCACAGGGCUCGCUAGGCGCGAGUCGUGUGACGAGGAGACGGCUGAACACAUGUACAACCUAGCAAAGAAGGAGAUCGAGAAGCGCCUGCAGGAGAUAGCACUCUCUGCUUUCCCCAACAGCGGCCAGAGGAUAGGCGGCGCCGAGCACUUCUUCGCCCGCGAGGGCUCCGACGACGGCGACGAUGCCUCGGAAGACGCGGACCCCCGCGGCCGCCCCCAGGUCCGCCUUCUGGGCGCGCCCCGCCCCCGCCGCGACUCGACCGACGGGGACAUAAGCUGGCACGUCAAGGAAGCACAGGACGCCGUGGGCCGCCGCGCUAGGAGUAGGAUGGACACGCGCGAACUGGACGAGAUGCAGCUCGACAGCCCGCCCACAGAUACCAUGUGGUUGACCUCGAGCCGUAAGGAGACCCCGAGUCCCCAGCCCUUCCAGCAGCGGGAGCGGGGGCCCAUCGGCGAGACGCACAUGCCCCUGAUCAGCCAGAGCCCAUUGGCCCCCAUUGGCGAGUCCACCAUGCCCUUGGUGCCCUCGUCGCCGCCCCCGAUCAAGCCCAUUGGCGAGUUUGUCAUGCCCUUCAUCCCUUCGGCCCCGCCGGGCAAGGCCGCCGACAUGCCUUUUAUCCCCGCCGAGACGGGCUUCUCCCGCCACGCCCCCGCACGCCCCUUUGGGUUUGGUGGCGGCUUCCGCCGCCCUGCCGAGCCCGACAGGAACCUGGAAGCGCUCCGGAAGCGCAGCCCGCCCAUGCUGGGCGCCGACCUGACGUUCCGCAAGUGCCCCUCUCCCAAACACACCAAGCUCGAGCCCGAACACUUGUGGCAGUCCGAGGCGGACGAGACGAACCGCGAUCCCACCGGCCAGCGGGGUCUGUGGAGGGGAUACUGCUUCACUGCCGAGUCGGGUGAGGCGCUUGCCGAGAUCCCGCGCAUGGAGAUGAUAUCCACCCCAAGCAUCCCUAGCUCGUCGGCUACGGACCCCUUCUCCAUCGCCUUUGGCACCACGGCCACUAGCAUCUCGCCCCCGCUGAGUGAGGAGCCGGGCCAGCUGGAGGCGGCCCAGAAGUCGCCGUCAGGGACCCACUCUGCCGGGCCGCUGGCGUCGCUGCACGCGCACAAGCGCAGCGGCGAAGCCAAGGGCCUGCACAUGCUCAUGGGGUUCGAGGAGCGGCUGCGCAAGGAGAAGGCGGCCGUGGACCUGGAGGAGCAGAUCCAGGCCGAGUUCAACGACCGCUACGUGACGCAGGUCUACAACUACCUGAGCCUGGGCUACCCAGCCAUGGCGCGUUCCUACGACGACGAGCUGUCCAAGAUCUCGCGCAUCCCCCUUGCCGACCUGCAGCGCGACGACGACGCCCUUAUGGAUGGCGUCGUGGCGGUCGCCUGCGGUGGCAAGGCCAAGGGCCACAUCAAGCUCACCGAGGACGACGACACCAAGGAGCAAGACCGGUGCCCGCGCUGGAAGGCUCUCAAGCUCUACAUACACGAGUGGGCCAGCCAGCACCCGGACCUGGAGACCAUCAGCCCCCUGGCUUGGGGAGUCAAGGAGAGGCGAGGCAGCUGGGGUAUAUAGCCCAUUUGCUUGCGGAUAGCCUACUGCUCAAGGUAGCUCGUCCUUGGCUCCUUCCAAUUCUUGGCCUAUUCAGCAUUGCUAUUAUUCCCGACCCUCCCUUUUUGGCGACCCAUCCAACAUUUUCUUUCAAUUCUCAACGAAUAAGACGUCGAAAAUUUGUCUACGACUGCAUCCUGGCUUUUUGGGCUUCACGGCACGGCAAAACGUUAUCCAAAAAGGGCUCUCGCUACCGAUACCCAUGGACAUUUUUCAUUUUCAUUUGACGAUACUUCGAUGCUUUACGACGAAGGCACUGGGCCUGGUUACUCUGAAUCCUCCUCUCAGGGUUUCAUUCUGCUUCUCGUUAACUAUACAUUUUAUUCGGUGGCGUUGAUUUGGUGAUUCAUUUUAUCCCGUUUCACAUCCCUUGUCUCUGGGUCUGUGGGAAGUGACCCCCCUAAAAACUGUGAAUAUCCGUUCCCUUUUUUUCUGCUUUAAGAAGCCAUCGCCAUUACAGACAGCCUUCUGCCACGAUAUACGAGUUGUGAUUUACCGUGGCGGCCAAUCUUUUACUGCCGAGCCAGGCCCUCUUUAUUAUGACUUUUCUUUAUGAUUCUCAUCCUUUGUCUUCUGCCUCGUUUGCUGCUUUUUGAGUAUGGGGAAUCUGGAGACCAAGAGAAAAGAAGGGGCGCGCUCUCGCCCCACAGUUGUUAUUUUUACCCUAGGUGCCUGACGUAUCGAAAGAGGAGGCGCGGGACAGAGAAGAGUCUAGACUAGAGCAAGAGCCUUUCUUCUGGUCAUAUACCAUAGAUUGAUAAGACAGAUGGAUGGCAAAGAAGGAGGCUUGGGGUUUGUCCGUCUUUGCCUAGAAAGAUGGGGCGUCGAACAAGGAAGCAGCCGUCGCCCGCCUGUGUAGGGCCUGUCUCAUGAUCGUUCCAUCCCGCUAUUGCCGCUGGGUUCAGUGACGGUGUUGGGGCUUAUCUUGAUUUUCGCCUUGUCGUUCUGAUGCAGGACAAUGCGACUUGGUGAUGAUGGUCAUGUCUGAUGAUAACACAUUUCGUGACGUUUGGCAACCCCUUUUCACACAUGUUUUGCUUCUGAUCGCAGUCCGACAAGCAAAAAUGUCCAAUAGCCAGCCAGCCCUAUUCAACCACCGAGGUGUAGAGAAAUGAGAGAGAAAAAAAGACGCAACAACAUUCAUGCCUCGACCUUGAGGUCCUCCAGCACCUGCCUCUUGACAAUCUCCCUCACGGCCUCCCACUCGGGCGCCACCUCGAUGGCGCGCCUCUCC